AUUCAAAGUUAAAACUAGCGAAAAUGUUGCAAAAGUAGUGAAACUUGCUUCCCGCAAUUGACUGGCUAGUUUAAAUGGAGCUUUUUGAUUGGCUAACAAGACGUUUGUUCUAAUGACCACUAAGGAAGCGCUACCAGAGUCAAUUUACAUAGACUCCGCCCCUAUGACGACACAACACAAAAUUACCAAUAAAAACGCAGUACUGUGCGAGCCUUCAUUUGCAUACAAGCUCUAUAAGUACGCGCAACCAGGCCGGUUGGCUGUAGUCAGUCGUUUUCUUCUCUGGCUGUGUGUCGUCUUUUGUAAGAAAAUGCCGGAUCCAGCAAAAUCUGCUCCCGCUCCCAAGAAGGGCUCGAAAAAGGCUGUAACGAAGGUGCAGAAGAAGGAUGGGAAGAAGCGUAAGCGCAGCCGAAAGGAGAGCUAUUCUGUUUACGUGUACAAGGUGCUGAAGCAAGUGCAUCCUGACACCGGUAUUUCUUCCAAGGCCAUGGGCAUCAUGAACUCGUUCGUCAACGACAUCUUCGAGCGCAUCGCCGGCGAGGCGUCCCGCCUGGCGCAUUACAACAAGCGCUCGACCAUCACGUCCCGCGAGAUCCAGACGGCCGUGCGCCUGCUGCUGCCCGGCGAGCUGGCCAAGCACGCCGUGUCUGAGGGCACCAAGGCGGUCACCAAGUACACCAGCUCCAAGUAAAGGUCUUUUUCUGCCCUUCCAGAAGAAGUGGGCCUCAAAGUCACAGCCAGGCUCCAGAUGAAUCCUGCUGCACCGGAGAGCAUGUUGGGGAUUCCUGAAAAUUAUCUUCUUUAAUUCAUUUUUCUAGAAUGUCUAAACCAAUUACUUCUAGUCUUAAGAGAUUUUUUUUUCUUCCUCCAUUAACUCCCAUAUCCCAUCAGGAAUCUUUUAACAUUAUGUCACUUCACAAUUUAUUUUUUUUCCAUCCUAAGUUGUAAGGUGAAGAAGUUAUUGGGUUGUUGAGGAGGUUAAGAUACAUUUUUGUAUAGAAAAACAGGGAAAAGCUUCAUGACUUUCCCGAUGACCUAACAUUAUGGUACUUAGUGUGAUAUGGAGAUGAAGGGAGAGGGCAGGAAGAUGAGUUUCUUAUCCUCUGGGGUUUUAUACCUCCCUGACCCAACUUAACAAACUAAGAAAUGAGGAAUAAAGAGAGAAGACAGCAAACAGCUCUAUGGAAGCCUCGAUUUUUCCACUUGGCAACUUAUUUCUCUUUUUACAUUCUGCUUUUUUGCCACUCUUAAUAUACAGUUCUUUCAGUUUUUACAUUCUUAAAAGACUGGUGAUAACCACUUCUUAAGAUUUUAAUAAUAUUAGUUAUAGUAGCUCCUAAAAAAUGAAGGACCUAGAAUAAAUCUAAUAACCCUCCUAGACAAAAAUUGUUAACACUGUUGUUAGACAUUAACAAUGACAUAAAUAAAUAGUUAUAUCUUA